CUAGGAUUACUGGCAUGAGCCAACAUGCCAGGCCCUUAAUAAGACUUUUAUAACAAAAGGUUUCUCAUUCAUAGACAUCCUCUCUUAAAAAAAAAAAAAAAAAAAAGAAGAAAAAAGAAGAAAAAUCAAAUGUCUAUUAAAUAAGAACUGUAAAGAUCGUUGGUCAGAAGCCUAUAAAGAGGACCUAAUACCAAUGAAAACAUAGGUUUGCCUGUGGCUGAAAUUACUUUCCAUCAGUGUGGUGAAGGAAAAAAAAAAAAAAGAAUCCUCUUUUUAGAACUUCUCUUGGUGAUACCAUCAGAAAUGUCUUCCUUAAGUGGAAAAGUCCAAACUGUUUUGGGCCUUGUCGAGCCAAGCAAACUGGGCCGCACCCUGACCCAUGAACACUUGACGAUGACCUUUGACUGCUGUUACUGUCCACCUCCUCCGUGCCAGGAAGCUAUUUCCAAAGAACCUAUCGUCAUGAAAAAUUUAUAUUGGAUUCAGAAAAACUCUUAUUCCCAUAAAGAAAACCUUCAAUUGAAUCAGGAGACAGAAGCCGUAAAGGAAGAACUGUUGUAUUUUAAAGCUAAUGGUGGAGGGGCUGUGGUGGAAAACACAACCACUGGGAUUAGCCGAGACGUACAGACAUUGAAGAAGCUUGCAGAAGAGACUGGCAUCCAUAUCAUAUCCGGAGCUGGGUUUUACGUGGAUGCAACUCACUCCUCAGAGACCAGAGCCAUGUCAGUGGAGCAGCUUACCGAUGUCCUUAUGAAUGAAAUUCUCCACGGAGCGGAUGGAACCAGUAUCAAGUGUGGCGUUAUUGGAGAAAUCGGUUGCUCCUGGCCUUUGACUGAGAGUGAAAGAAAGGUUCUCCAGGCCACCGCUCACACCCAGGCUCAGCUUGGUUGCCCUGUCAUUAUCCAUCCUGGACGGCACCCCACGGCACCAUUUCAGAUUAUCCGAAUAUUGCAAGAAGCAGGUGCAGACAUCUCCAAAACAGUCAUGUCACAUCUGGAUAGGACUAUACUUGAUAAGAAGGAGCUCUUGGAGUUUGCUCAGCUUGGCUGCUACUUGGAAUAUGAUCUCUUUGGUACUGAAUUACUUCAUUACCAGCUCGGCCCAGAUAUUGACAUGCCUGAUGAUAACAAAAGAAUUAAAAGGGUGCGUCUCCUGGUAGAGGAGGGCUAUGAAGAUGGAAUUCUGAUAGCACAUGACAUACACACGAAAACCCGGCUGAUGAAAUAUGGAGGUCAUGGCUAUUCUCAUAUACUCACCAACGUCGUUCCUAAAAUGCUACUUAGAGGUAUAACUGAGAAUGUACUUGAUAAGAUUCUAAUAGAGAACCCUAAGCAAUGGCUGACUUUCAAAUAGGAUGGUUGCUUAUGAAUUCACACCUUGAGUAUAAAACUUGCAGACAACAUUCAGGGAUUUCCAAUCCACUGUGAGAUAUUAAUCAGUUACCUAGCACUAAUGACUGAUCAUUUCCUUCUUGUGAGAACUAGGAGAAUUUGCCUUCUCUGAGACCAGCUAUUAACCUGUGCCUCUAGGGAUUACUCAGCCUAAUUGAGCCCUAUUAUUGUGCCUUAACACAAUAAAUACAGAAGUACCUAUUUCAAAACAGUGAUUUAAAGUCUGUAUCCCCUAAGUGGAGUUGCUGUUUUUCUUCCUAAUCUAUCAGCUGCACUACUUGAGAAAAUUUAAAGUGUUUCUAGUUAAAUGAUUCCCUUCUUGAAAAUCUAAUGUUUAUUGUAAUAUUGAUGAUCCUACUAAUUAUCCUGCUGUUCUUUAAUUAAUGCUUAAUGAAUAAUAUGGCGCUUUAAAAUAGCUUCUGCAACAAGGGAAGUUAAAUCUUGAGACUUUUUCCCCAAAGGAUACUGACUGUAAUAUGGUUACCAAUUCACAAUGAUAAAAAUAUUUGAAAGGUCAUUUUAUGCCGUCCACCUAGCUAUAUAUUCUUCUAAUAAAAUGAUUUUGAUAUCUUUGGCUUCCUGGUAUCCAUUUUUGCCAUAAAUUUUGCUCUUUUGCAAAGUUUGUGUAAGAACACAUUCCACUACUAAAUUAUAAAAAUUCAAUCAUAAACGUCAAAAUAUAUUACAUAAUAUAGUUUAAUGAAUCAUUACAUUUAUAAUAACAAAGGCCACAAUUUAAUUAAUUGAUAAGAUAUAAUGCAAAAAAAAA